AUGUCUGAAUCCAAAUCAGAGAUUCUACCCCCUGAGCCGGAGGAGGAGAGAUCGCUGAGAACUCUUAUCUUUAUUUCGGUUUUCUCAGUCAUUGUGUUACUAGGCGUGCCUCUUUGGUUCCUCACUACAUCGUUAUACAGAGCGGAACUUCCAGUGGAAGAGAUCAACAAUCUGUCCUCUACUCUCAAAUCACAAAUUCACUAUGAUAUCCCCUUUUAUAUCGAACUACCGAAACCUAUGCGAUAUUUGGUUUUGGAGACACAGGAGUUACUUGAUUCAAAGUUGGCACAAUUGUCCAGCGAGCAUCCAUUUGACGUGGAUUAUCACGUUUCUUUGAUUUCAGGGCCCAAGAAGAGUGAUUUAGAUUAUCAAAUUGAACUGGUCAACUCAGAAGAUCCUAAUGGCGAAGGGCUGUUUAUUUCCCCCUAUGAGAGGAGAAUUGUAAUAAGAAAUAGUGAGAAUGUUGUUGUCAAUAAGUUGGUACCAGAUUUCAUUUCAAGAGUCAUUCUAGAUGAGGUACUCAAGUAUGAGAUCUCCGUUCAUCAAGGGUUGCUAACCACUAAUUCUGGCUUUGAAAUUCCAUUCAAAGAUAAACUGAAGCUUACCUUCAACUUAUUCAAGGGCGACGGACUGCCGAUUGAUUGGGAUACUUCCAGUCUUGAAAGAUAUUUGGAUGGUGCCCUGGAAAACUUUCGUACUUAUCUGGACUUGCGAGUGGAAACUCAGGUGAUCUAUUUUGCUUCUUUGAACAUUAACAAGGAUAACUUAAUAAUAGAAGAUGGUCAGUAUUUGUUAACUGAGAGAAAUUUAUCAAGUUUUAUCAAUUAUUCCGAUUGGGGAUUGGAAGAUUCAACCACCACGGAUCCAACGUUGAACUUUAUCAUUUACAUUCCAUCUGAAGAUACCAGACCGUUGAAAGUUCAAAAUUCCGAGCACAACUCUUUUUUGAUAGCCCAAUACGGGGGAGUUCUUAUUCUAAACGAUAUAGUGGAUAACCAACUCUCUGAAACCGACUUGAUGCCUAUAUUGGACAUAUUUACUUCUCAACUAUACAAGCUGAUCGGGGUACCUGAGCACAUAGAAUCGUUAACACCCAAAUCUCCUCAGAUACGUGUAGAUAUCAUGAUGAGAUUGAAAAUUAUAGAGAACUUGCAGUUGGCAGUCGACAACUUGAAAUCGCUGAUCACUUUGUCCAAGAGGUUAUCCACAAUCAAUAUUCCAGAUUUCACCAUAGAGCAUGUCAAUUCUGCUAUAGAAAACAUCAAUCAAUCUAUUGACAAGCUUAAUUCUCGUGAAUUUGUUGAUAGUCUAAAGCUAUCUAACGAAGCCAUCGAAGAAUCAGACAGAGCAUUUUUUAGUGAGAACAUGGUUCAGCAGGCGUACUUCCCAGAUGAGCACAAAAUGGCUGUUUAUUUGCCAUUGAUUGGUCCAAUCGUUAUGAUUACUUGCUUAAUGUUCUUGAGAGUCAUGAAGAAGUAA